AUGGAUCACAUGAAGAUCCACACUGGCGAAAGGCCGUACCUGUGCAACACCUGCGGCAAAACCUUUACUACAUUAUCAAAUCUUAAACAGCACAUAACCACACACACGGGCGAGAAGCCCUACAUUUGCACAACAUGUGGAAAAAGUUACAGGCUACGUUCAACCCUGGUGAUUCACUCGAGGACCCACACCGGCGAAAAGCCGUACCUGUGCAGCACCUGCGGCAAAAGCUUUAUUAAAUCAUCAGAUCUUAAACGCCACAUAACCACGCACACAGGAGAGAAGCCCUACAUCUGCAAAAUAUGUGGAAUAAGUUACAGGCUACGUGGCCACCUGGUGGUUCACUCGAGGACCCACACUGGCGAAAAGCCGUACCUGUGCAACACUUGCGGAAAAACCUUUACUCAAUCAUCACUUCUUAAAAGCCACAUAACCACGCACACAGGAGAGAAGCCCUACAUCUGCAAAAUAUGUGGAAUAAGUUACAGGCGACGUGGCCACCUGGUGAUUCACUCGAGGACCCACACCGGCGAAAAGCCGUACCUGUGCAAUACUUGCGGAAAAACCUUUACUCAAUCAUCACUUCUUAAACGCCACAUAACCACACACACGGGCGAGAAGCCCUACAUCUGCAAAACAUGUGGAAAAAGUUACAGGCUACGUUCCACCCUGGUGAUUCACUCGAGGACCCACACUGGUGAAAAGCCAUACCUGUGCAACACCUGCAGCAAAACCUUUACUAGAUCAUCAUCUCUUAAAAGCCACAUAACCACGCACACGGGCGAGAAGGGAUAUUUGUGCAAGACGUGCAACAAAGAUUUUAGCCGCAGAAUUGAUUUGCUGAGUCACAUGAAAAAUCACAUCCACACUGGCGAAAUGCUGUACCUGUGCAGCACCUGCGGAAAAUCGUUUAGAAAAUCAUCAAUGCUCAAGAAGCAUAAAAUGAUCCACAAGGGCGAGAAGCUCUAUAUCUGCAAAACAUGUGGAAAGAGUUACAUGCAAAAUUCCAAACUGGUGAUUCACUCGAGGACCCACACCGGUGAAAGGCCGUACCCGUGCAAUACCUGCAGCAAAACCUUUACUAAUUUAUGGGAUCUUAGACGCCACAUAACCACGCACACGGGUGAGAAGCCCUACAUCUGCAAAACAUGUGGAAAGAGUUACAGGCAAGAUUCCCACCUGCUGGUUCACUCGAGGAUCCACACCGGCGAAAGGCGGUACCUGUGUAAAAUCUGCGGAAAAUCGUUUAUAAACUCAUCACAUCUUAAACGCCACAUAACCACGCACACGGGCGAGAAGCCCUACAUCUGCAAAACAUGUGGAAAAAGUUACACAGAACGUUACAACCUGGUGGUUCACUCGAGGACCCACACUGGUGAAAGGCCGUACCUGUGCAACACCUGCAGUAAAACCUUUACUAGAUCAUCACAUCUUAAAAGCCACAUAAACACGCACACGGGCGAGAAGCGAUAUUUGUGCAAGACGUGCAACAAAGGUUUUAGCCGCAGAAUGGGUUUGCUGAGUCACAUGAAAAAUCACCCGGAGGAGAAGUCUGGUGACUCGUGACAAAUGAAGCUCAUGUUGUCGUCCUCCGGGGGCAGCUGUCCACUCCUGUCUGACCCACAGAAGAAGAACCCACAGAAGUCCAACCACCACCUCCUGUGGCUGUUGAGACUAAUCCCCUCCCCACAAGGGUUGCAGGUUCAACCCGGAUUUAUUCUUCUCCGUCAACUUGACGCAGAGGGAACGAUG